AUGGGACUAUUCAUUCAAAACUCGGAUUGUGCCACCCCCGAGGAAAUCAAACUGCUGUGUACAGUAUUCCCCGGUGCCCCUCAAUGCCCGCGCCCGAUUCCUGUUCCGACUAUAGCACCACCACCGAAAACGCGCUCAUACUCCAGAGUGGAUCAUAGAAUGGCUAUGACACCAGAAGAUCCGAUCUCCAGAAACAUUGUCGGAUUGGAGUUGGAGUUGAAGAGGAUGGAUACCUAUUUGGAUAUGGCCUAUGCUGCCCGCAACAGAUUGCACCGCGAAUUGAGAAAAUCGGCCAACUCAAAUUACAUGGCAAAAUUCACAAAUGAAUCUCAAAAUCAAUGUCUUUCAUUCAGACAUUGA